GCGAACAGCUGUUGCAGUAGUUGCCAUUGCGUUGGAAGUGAGAACUGGUGCUGUUUAUUGAGCUGCUACUUCUAUUGCGAAAUAUUCAUUAACAAUCGCUUGGCCAUGACACAGGUGUUUAUCAAUGGUGCCAGAGACGAUCUCAAUGUACGGGAGUUCCAGAGCCUGGAUCCUUCGAUUCAGGAGCUCAUCCUGGCAGCCACGGAAGCCAGGAAACAGGCUUAUUGUCCGUACAGUAACUUUGCCGUAGGAGCCGCCUUGAGGACCAGCGAUGGCACCAUAUACUCUGGUUGCAACAUCGAAAACGGGGCGUAUGCCACCUGCAUUUGUGCAGAGCGCACUGCAGCCGUCAAGGCCAUCAGUGAAGGCAAACGCGACUUUGUGGCUUGUGCAGUGGUGGCCCAGCAGGAUAAUGGCUUCACCACGCCCUGUGGCGUCUGCCGGCAGUUCCUCUCGGAGUUCGUCAACGGCAAGGACAUCCCCCUGUACGCCGCUAAGCCGACCAAUCUUCCAUUGAGGGUGCUCUGCACCAGCGUUCUCCAACUGCUGCCCAACGGCUUCAGCUUCGCCAACGGAAAAUAGGAAAGAAGAGCCCAACCCAGCCCAGCCCAGUCGGACAGGGUGCAAUCCAUGUGCAAUAGUUUAUGUGACAUCCCGUUUGUAAUGUUCUGUAAACCCACCCCUCGUUAUUUGUUGAUUGAAUAGCUUAUACAAGCUACCGCAUCUGUUUGUGUUUUUCACUGCUCUCCGCGAUCGUUGCUUAUCAGGCUGAUACCUGGCUCUCUCUCGCGCUCUCCGAGUUGGCCAAAUGUUUAUUUUUGUCACCACCACACGGCGGAGAGUGCUAUCAGCAUAGCCAACUUCGCGCGUCGCUGUCACCACAAACCGUCCAUUUGCCAGCGGACUUUCAAAGGAGAAAGAGCCACGCACUCAACUUGCUAAAAAUAAUUCAAAAUUUAAGAAAAUAGGCGUGCCUCCAUUGACCAAAAGAAUUGAACUAUAAUGACACAUCUGACAAAAAAUUUCGCACGUCCGGAAAAGAAUGAGGAGGUUGUGACCUUCGGCAGUCUGGGUAAGAUUCCUGCUGGGGAUUGAUCAUAGAGCAAUCCUUAAAUAUUUACGACUGUCAAUUUUUCAAAGUUCUUUUAUGAUAUUAAAAAUACUUAUGUUAAUAAUUAA